AUGUCGGACGAUCAGAGCCAUGCGCAGGAGCUCGUCGCGCAGUACCCAACUUGGCUGAUAGAGACCUACUGCAUUGUGGCUGCCUCUGCGUUGUUGUGGUUCGAUUACGCGUUGACGCUUCCUGGCGAAUAUCGUCGCAUAUGGAGGCGAAAGUUUACUGGGGCUACGCUGAUAUUCUUGCUCAUGCGGUAUGCCACCUUGAUCGAGAGAAUCCCCUUCGUGCUUGAAGUCUUGGUGUGGAAUUCGAGUGACCGGGAGUACGACAGUUCAGGCGUGACCAAAUAUGACUUACUUGGCGACUGCAGACUCACCGUGAUCAUUCACUCUCGCUUCAUGCUCGACCUGCGCGGGAUCUAUUUCGCCGACAGCGGCGAUGAAGAGAGCGAGCUCCCGUCGCACUGGUCUGGCAUCAACUUCCGAGGCGUCUCCUCCGUCGUCAUCGGUAACCUCGGGGCUACGCUCGAUACCACGCCGGGAUCCGCCCCCAACCCACAGGACUCAUCCGCAGCGCCGCAGGACUCCACGGACGGCGAAUGCGAUUCGGAGUGGGAAGACGAGGCCCCGAAGUAUUUCGAUGAUCCGUUCACCGCUGGUAUGAAGGACACGGGGAGCUCCAAUGUCGCUCAGGGGGCGACACAAAACUCAGAAACGACAGGGGCUAUGUCGACCACGACCUACCUCGCCUACAUCACCGCUGAAGUGGAGCUUCCCCUCCUCAGAAGACCGUGGAAUACAUCCAUAUCGGCACCCACGGGUCUCUGUGCGCUCAUCUUCGCGAGCGACAGCAUGGCGGAACUCACGCGCACGAGCUUUUUUGACGGCAUAGACCAACUUGAAGAUCUCGCGUUCCUCCCGCUCGUCGACUUCCGGCUGGACUUUCCCACACACCUCAAGGGGGAUUAUAUCCCAGACUCCGUAGGGAUAUUCGCAGAGCGUAACGCUAUUUUGCUCGGUGCACAGUGA